UACUUGGAUAGUUCAUCCGAGUAACAGCAGCAGCAGCAGCAUCCAACCGGUUGCCUUUAGUACAGUAGUGUACUUUAUAGUGUUGCGUGUGAGAGAGUGUUCAAUCCCCGUAUCCGAGGAUGUUGAAGAAAACGAUCGUUCUGAGCUGCCUGGUUGCGGUGGUUCUCUGCGCCGCUGACCUGGAAACGGCCGAAACUUCUUGGGGAGGCGGUGGUGGUGGCUGGAGCAGCGGCGGAGGUGGUGGCGGUUGGAGCAGCGGCGGCGGCGGCGGUUAUGGCGGUGGCAAGAAGGUGAUCAUCAUCUCGUCCGGCGGCGGUGGACACGGAGGCAGCGGAGGCUGGAGCAGCGGUGGACGCAGCCUCGGCGGUGGUGGCGGAUGGUCUAGCGGUGGCAGCGGACUUGGCAAGGGUUGGUCCAGCGGCGGUGGAUCGUACGGAGGCGGUGGCUCUUACGGAGGCGGUGGCUACUCGAAGGGUUGGCCCGUCAGCAAGGGCUGGUCCAGCGGAGGCUCCUCGUUCGGUGGCGGAUACGGUGGUGGCAGCAGCUUUGGCGGUGGCCACUCGGGAGGUGGCUGGAGCUCGGGCGGCAGCAGCCUCGGUGGAUGGCCGUCGGGUGGUGGCGUGAGCAAGGGAUGGCCGUCGUCGGGCGGUGGAUACGGUGGUAGCCAGGGAUGGUCCUCGGGCGGUAGCGGUGGAUACGGCGGCGGUAGCCAUGGAGGAUGGUCGUCCGGUGGCAGUGGACUCGGCGGUGGAUACGGAGGCGGCGGUGGUGGCUGGAGCUCGGGCCGCAGCCUGGGCGGUUCGGGCGGCUGGUCGUCGGGUGGACUGUCGAGCAAGGGUUGGCCGUCGAGCGGUGGUAGCAAGGGCUGGCCGUCGGGCGGUUAUGGCGGUGGUAGCAGCGGCUGGUCCAGCGGCGGCAGCGGCUGGAGCGGUUCCAGCGGCUGGUAAGCCGAGCGAGACAGCGCAGGAGAAGAAGAGAAAGAGAAUGUCUCCACACUAACGGAAGCACCCCAACUGCCCCAUAACACGUCACACUGUUACAUCACAGUUCUUUGUUGAUACGAUGGAAAUAAACAGCAACCGAAAUUCGCUUUUGUACAUAAACCGAA